UCAGGAUAUCGUAAUGAAAUAUUAUCUAAACUUGAGCUGUUUCCAGCAAAAGAUCACAUUGAAACCCGAGUGGGGAAAAAUGUCACCAUUAUCUGCAGAGGCACGGGCCCUGUGACGUGGCACUGGGAACACUUGCCAUUUUCAAACCACAGCAGGAUGGACGUAGAAGAGCAUCGAUGUAAGAAGCAAAGUGAAGCUCAUCUUACAUGCAGCUACUUAAAACUCACCAAAGCCGAAGUAAAAGACACAGGUUACAUCACUUGCCUUUAUAAACACCAAACCAAGAGUAGUCUGCGACUUCAAGCUAGAAUUUACUUGUAUGUUAAAGAUUAUACACAACCCUUUCUGGAGAUGAAUACAGCUACCCCAGGAGCUGCAAUCAUGGAUGUUAAAGCGAAUGAACUAGUUGUCCCUUGUCGCGUUAGUGCACCGGAAUUCAAGGUCACCUUACAGUAUUACUUUGAUAAAUCUGAAGUCAACCAGCCUGGAAUGGAAUGGGAUCCAAAGAUUGGAUUUACAAUCUCAUCACCUCAUUACAGUCUCAGUGAGAUUGUGCAAUGUGUCACUACAGUCAAAGGGAAGCACUUUGAAACUCGGUUCUGGAAACAAAUCAUA